AGGGAGCUGGAGGGCGAGCGAGGGAGUGUAGGAGAGAAGGAUAGGGUCCCAGAAGAGAGCACACACACACACACAAGCGCACAUACAGAUUUAUUCUGGCUCCUGAUAUCCUUCCUUUUUUUGGGAUGUGGAUUAUUUUCCAAAUUGAAACUCUCAUCGACUAAAUUCAGGCAUGAUCAGGUGGCAGUGUGCUGUACCAGUGUUGAACUGUGAAAUGAACCAUGGAGGGGUGCAGGAGGCCCGUCACUAGCCGAGCCAGCAGCCCAGGGAGGCCCCGCAGCAUGCAGCUGGGCCCUCACUAGCACCAAGUGGACCUGGUCCUCUCCUCUUCACCUUGGGGCCAGGGCUGCAGAAUGCUCAGUCCUGUCACCCCUUACAGUCUGUUGAAGAUGCACUGGUCUCCGGAGCAUGCUGCCCCCUUAUCUCAGUGGCCUGAGCAGCACCUAGAUGUCACCUCUACCACCUCGCCACCGUCUGCCCAUAAACACGAGCCCUAUUCUACAGCUGGUCGCCGCAGCUUUGCCCCUGGUGGUUAUCCAUGGGCUAGUGAUGACAUAUCAGCCCUAACUGCUUCUUCUCUGCUCAAACGAUAUGCUGAGAAGUACUCAGGCUUGGAGUUGUCCUAUGAUCGCCCUGCUGCAGGGGCUUACUCUGAGCCUGGGACAUUCUUGAAAACUGAAUCUGAGCCAUGGGCUCUGGGUCAGGGCAUGGAGUGUUACCCUGGACUGGAAGCAUUGACUGGCAACAAGGUGGGCACUGCAUCUGUUGGCAUCCCGGCCACAGGAAGUGUUACAGUAGUAAGUAGUAACUUGGCCACUGAGCAGGGCUACAGUGGUGCUGGCUCCUGCAGUACCCCGUCAUCUCAGGAAUACCCUCCUGCCUACAACACCACAUACCUGUCCUCAGGAUACUGCCCUCAGCCAAGUGCAGCACUUCCCCCUGGCCCUCUGCACUCUUUGCAGGCCACACCCACUUUAGUGCCCAGCUACAGCGCUAGCAGUCCUGUAUACAACUACCCUCCAGGGUGCUACCCACAAGCUACCCUAUCCUCAGGAUACAGCCAUCCCAGUGCCUCUUACCUGCCCCCUGGGAUUAGUGCACCCACGCCUCUGGCCCCAAGGCCUACCAUGGUGGGGGGCAGUUAUAGCUACCCAUCUCACAGUCUUGGAGGAAGCUCUGAAGCUGGGGUGCCACUGAAACGCAAGGCCUUUGAGAUGGCAGAGGAAGGACAGGAGGGAGCAGAGGUGGAGGGAUCACGCUAUAGAAAGUAUAGCAAUGGCCAUGGAAAUAGUCAUAGCAAAAGUCACGGUAAUGGGAACAGCAAUGGUUUCGAUAUGAGCAGCCCUGCCACAGAUCCACAGUCCUACAAACCUGGAAAGCCCCUGAUGUCACCCCCUUAUGGUGGGGCGAGGGAUUACAGCCCACCGUCUGGCCUAGCAGGAGAGAGUGUGUCAGGGGAGCACAACUUUUCUCAGCAACAGAGAAUGCCUAUGAAGAUACCUGCAUCUCACACACGAUCUGAGGACCCGAGUGGAGGUCACUGACAACCCUGACCAGCAUCCGCGAGAAUUCUCUCACUCUUUUAAACCAAUCAGGGUCUUAUCCAAGACAAACCUAAGGGGAAAAAGAUUUGUCAAUGCAAGGUUUAAUUUUACUUCUGAGCAUCAGAGGCACUAGAGAGCUUUCUUGUGCAUUUUUAACAUGAUCAUUAUUGUUGUUUUUCCAAAGAUUCACGGGAGCAUUAUGCCCUGGAAGGUUAGGGUAAAUCUUAGGGAUGAGGUUAAGGCAUUCUGUACAGAUACAGUGUUAAAAAUGUCAAAAUGGAUGAAUGCCAAUCUCAGGAUCCUAUUUAUUUCCUUCUGGCUACUUUGGCAGACGCACUGCAACAUACUGUAGCUGGUUUGGAGGUUGGUGUAAUUAAUUGUAGCCAAUGUGUGUGUCAAAGGCCCUUGACUGCAAUAUGCAUAUCUACAAAAAUCAUUACUGACCAAAAAGUAAGUAGAGCAAUAACUGACAAUGUGCGACUGCCACUCCUCCAGAACAAUCACUGCUACUUUUCACAGCUGAUUCCUAGGCUUCGUGCAAUACUUGGCCUUUGGGAAUGAUACAUUUCCUGCUUAUCCAACAUUUUCCCUCUGCCUUAACUCUGUGCUUUAUAUUCAUUUUCCUUUACCCCCCUUGUUUCAUGUUCUCUAUCCAAUUCUAUCACGGUUUUUGCUUUUUUUUUUAUGGAUGAACAACCUUUUCGUCCAGUUUACACAUACUAAGCUGCUAAUCAAGUAACAUUUUUACACAGCAUCUUUGAAGCAACCCUUUAAAGUGUUUUGACAAAUGUUGUUUACAUAGGCUUCUGCUAUACUCCACACACAAGCAGGUAUCUUUUCUGAAGAAUUUGCAAUAGUGUUGCUGGUCAAGCCUUUGUCUUGUCUUUUCUAAUCAACGUAUUACAAGAAAUAGUGACUACACAAGUCUACAAAACAACCAAAAAGAAAGUUAAAAUGCUUUACUCUUCAUACUGAUAAUACUCACUCAGAGCAAACAAUAGGGUUGGCAAGAUUGUUGCUUCUGUUGGAUGCACAAACCAGACUGAGAAGCAAGCAGGUUGCAGUGGAGGAUUAAGUUUUAUGAAGAUAUGCUUGCUUGUCUGAUAGGUUUUACUUGUUCUUUUCUUGUUUUUUAUGCAUUCAAUUUUCAUUUGCCUCUAAAAGUGAGAUAAAUAGUUAUAGUGUUAUUGAAUACUCAGGAAGAAUAUUGUUACCUCAGAAUGAUAAAAAGAAUGUAUGUUAUUACCUUAGGGUGUUUUUAGGGAGCUUUAUGGAGCAAGAUAAAUAUGGAGCCAUGGCUUUAUUAAGAGCAAGACACACUCUGAACACUUCAGGGAAACAAAGAACUUAAAAGGCCUUCAAUACAAACAAAAGACAUACAUAAACAUGUACACAUGCAAGCAACCACACACGCACACACAUAUGAACACAUACACACACACUGCUUCUUCGCUCUGGGGACUUAAACUUGAGGUUUUUGUACUAAGGCCUGAAAUGUUGAAUGUAAUUCAGAUAUUUUUUUUAAAAGGACAAUACAUGCCAUAAUGUACAUCAAUGAUGUUUUAGAUAUAUGAAACCUAUUUUCUUCAUGUAUAGAUGUAAUUCACUUAUAGGUUUCGGUGAAGAAUGAAUGACAUGUUAAGUGUUAGAGUAGUUAGUGGGGAAACGGUUUUGUGGACAAACUGUCAAACAAAGCACUCCUGAUAUACAAUUUUUGACGUGACAUAUCAAAAUAUACACAAACUGCAGUUUUUGCUCUGUUCUAAGUUUGUUUAGUAAAUGUCUUAAUAAUCCAACUUCCAUCUUUCAUAUCAGUAUUUUGAAUCCUCCUGACCCAGUGGCACCAGUCUAUAAUCUUGAAAUGAACUCCAACAUGUAUUGGCAUCAUGAAGGAGGAAGAAGUUCAAACAAGUAUGUGCACUGUCAGAAAACAUGAAGAGCUACAACUCUAAACCUUCUACUGAGUUGUAACUUUGAGUGACUUAUAUGCCAUCCCUUCUUAGUUUUGCCAUACUGACACAUUUGAGCAAAUUAUCCCUUUGGGGAAUUAAACAAAUAAUAAUAAUAAAACUUGCCUAAAAACUUGCCCAGGGAGCACGUCCCCUUUAGUAGUCAGAUUUAGACUGAAAUGCAGCUUCAGAUUUCUGAAAUUCUAUGAUUAACAAUUUUAUUGAUGCCUCCUUAUAAAUAAAUAUAAGCACAUUCAUAUAAUUAAACAUACUCAGAAUGUUGCUGAGUAUGGAAAAAAACACCUUUAUGCUGAUGCUGAAGAGCACAUACAGAUAAUGAGUAGGAGUUAAUACAAUAAGAAUGUAUUUUUACCCCCAGACUUUUUAAGUAUGUAAGCGCUUAUCUACAACAAUUGAAUGCUCUUCAGCGUGCACAAAGAAUGUGCUCUACUUUAACCAGAUGUACUGCAAGAAAGGAAAGUGUUUGCUUUUUCUUGGUGUUACUCCGAUUCAUUAAAUUAGGUGGAGUUGAAGGUGUCCAACAGAUGGAAAAUGGCAUGUCAGUGUUAUUUCUGUACUUCAGUUGUACUUUUCUCGUUUCUUGUACAUUCUCUGUAACCAUUUCUACCUCAUUUUGACAUCGUACAUGGAAAUAUUUAUUUCAUGUCAUUUUACAUGCUGGUUUAAGGAGCAAUGUUUCUAAUUCUUGACCUGUAAUAGUCUACCUCACUAAAGGGUUGUUGUGUCAUGGAAAUGAAGAUAUCACACCAAAAACAAAACGUGCCUUGUGUUUUUGUGUUUGAA